AUGGUAAUGCGACUUGGUACUUGGUGAUAUUUUAAUAUUUAUAUGCUAUAUUAAUUUUAGAUAUUAACGAAUGUGCUGACGCAUCACAUAAUUGCCAUGCUCAUGCGAACUGUAUUAACACAACUGGUUCUUUUACCUGUGUGUGUCGUGAAGGUUUCAGCGGAGAUGGCGUAAAUUGCGAAGGUACUGUAUGAGAAAUACUUAUAAUGACACUCCUUUUUUUUGCAUCAUUGGUAUAUAAAUGUUCAGAAGAUAUGAAAUGUUGUUUUAAAUGUUUAGUGCAUGUAUCAUUCGUAGUAGGGCGCAUCUUGUAUUUAAACACGAAGUCCAUUCACAACAAAAAUUUGUGCCUAACUUGUGACACUCCUUGAAACUCGAGAUAUAUGAAUCAAAGCAAGACGGGAAUGAUUUUGUGAUGUUUCGAUAUUAUAUCGAAAUGUAUCGUCAGACUAAUUUAUGGUGAACAGACUAGCUACGAGUUGUUACAACGAGACUAAUGCAGACUGUUCGUAACAAGUUGCUAUGAGCUUGUUGCCAUCAACUUGUUAACAAGUUGUUACGUGCUGGCGAUAUCCCGUUUAAAUAAAUGUUUAGUAGUGUGAUUGACUUUAUCCAUAUAGAGUCGGAAAUUGGUUAUACAAAAUUGUUCUCUUUUUCUUCAGACGUUUGUCAAGUACCAAUUCUCUAUUAUGCUAACAGUUCUACAAUCGACACUUACAACACCAAGGCCGGUGAUCUUUCACCAAACUCUUUCUUGAGAUCUCCUAACUCUCAACUGGUCUACGACAAGUAUAAUCGUCAAAUCUUAAUGUAUGCAUCAGGCACAACUUUAUCCAGAGUGACUUUGGAUGGCUCAAAUAUAACAACCUUGGCAACAAUGGAAGAGCAUAUUCGGCGGUUCACAUAUGAUGGUCGUCGUAACGUUGUAUAUUAUCUUCAUGAAAGAGUUGAAGCUAUUCAUAUGUUAAACCUGACAAGUAUGGAAGAUAUGGAAGUUGGUGCUCUGGCUCAUAUUUCCAACAUUAAAGAUCUUGACAUUGAUGUAUUGAAUGAGUAAGUAAACAAGGAUGAUAAGUAAUAGUUCAGAUACAAGUAAGUAUUCUUUCUCUGAUUCCUAAAUACAGACAAGCCGGUUAAAAAUACGAGCCGCGAAGCCGACCUUCUUUAACCAGCUUGUCUGUAUUUAGAAAUCAGAGGAAGAACAUGCAUCUACGAGUGUUUAAAAUUACUUCUCAAAAGAACCCGUAUUUAAGAGGAAAUCGAGAUUAAAGUAGGCGAAAUUCGGCUAUAAUCUUUCCCCAAUUUCUAAAUACUGAUUAAAUACUUAAUUAAUUUGAAUUUUCUUCAUGAAUUAUUACAUGAGUUUGAACUGUUUGAGAAAAACAUAUAGAAAUUGAGUCAUAAUUGACCGUGAGUGAUAAAAUACAGCAGUUGGCUUGAUAAGAAACAACUACAUUCUCGUAUUGUCAUAUUCCCCUCAGUCUCAAAAGUCUGACUGCACCUUGGAAAUGAUUAAUGGUACAGUGUACUGUCAGUAUGAACUCCAUAGAGCAAAAUGGCUGAGCAUCCAUCAUGGAAGGUAUACGUAGAAAAUUAGAAACAAAUAAUAACGCUGAAAAACUCGUAAAAGAACAUUGUCUUCCGCGUCGAUGUACGCUAAUUGACUUCUCCACUUAUCCCCGUCUCUUUUGGCAAAAUAUGUACGUGGUUAUACAGUGAGUUUAGACUGCCAUUCCAAUUCAAUAGGUUUAUUUAUAAGCACACAUGAGGCUUGACAAAGUUAGAGCCAUAACUUGUGAUCGAGUUUUACAGUUUAUCUGGCAUUUCUAUUCGCUGGACUUAGUACAAUGGAUUUAUAAUCUGUAAGAUUAAGUUAAUAAUUUAUGCCGCGGGUCUUCCUAUUCAGUUUUGAUUGGGGGUAGAAAUAUAGGAUAAUAUUCCGCAUUGUAUAUCAUUCCUUUCAAAAUUUUAAUUUCAUACGGCUUGAGUAAUGAUAAAAUCUUGAGCUUACUACAAAUCAUAAUAGUACCAAAUGUAUUCAUUAACAAGCUCUUUACCCCAUACUUUUUUCAGCUGUCUUGUUAUCGUAACUGCAUCCAGUUUAUCAAUUGUUCUGUACGACCUUGGUGGAAGCUCAUCAGUUCGCGUGAUCACUUAUGAUGGUGGUUUUGGGCAAUCACUCUAUGUCUUUGAAGAUGGGACUAUAUACUGGGUCAUCUACGAUCCCUCCAAUAACCGCUUUACACUUCUAUGCACAUCUAAAGCGGGAGUAACAAGAAACCUCGGGAUCUGGUACAUUGGAGAAAUUCGUGUAGUGAUAGACCGAUUAUAUAUUUAUGUAUUGGAUAAAGACAACAACCGAAUUGAUAUUUAUUCCAGAAGAACAUUGGUGAAACACUGGGAAAUACGUAUAAUACCUAAUGUCAAUGAGUUGAUCCUGGCGUUGGGUAAGUAA